AUUGACAUUGAUUGUCGUUUUGUAUUGUAUGUGAAGAAAAGAAAAUGGGCAUUUGUGAAUUGUGAUUUGGUUUUGUCAUUCUCUCUCUUCACUCACACCUAACUGUCUAUUGUUGUUGUCUUUCUCCGACCACAUUACAUACAAACACAAACACAUGCACUCUCAACACAACACAACACACACAUUCCUUUGCUGAAGUUUUUGUUUUUUCAGACGCUCUCAAUCCAUUGCCUUCUCCACUCAUCAGAUCUCUUUCUCACACAAGUUGUCAGGUUGUGGUCAGCCAGAGGAUGAUUGGGGACAGAAGAUUUGAUUGGACAAUCCUUGCUUCCCUUCACUUUACUCUUUCCUUUUCACUUUAUUUGGAAGCUUGCAAGGCUUUUAGGUGUUCUAAUUAUGUGAGGCAUAAGAUUGAAGACUUUGAUCUGUUGCUUUUUCCCCUUCAGUGGUAAAACUUAUGAAAUAUGGCGUGAAUUGUUAACUCUGAUAAUUGGUUACCUGGGAUCCGAACUAUGGGGUCUCAAGGUGGUGGUGGUGAUGAAAAUGGAAGACAUUCACAGCAGCAGCAGCCUUUGGUGCAGCAAAAUUCAAUGUACAGUCUAACACUCGAUGAAGUUCAGAAUCAAUUAGGUGACUUAGGGAAACCACUAAGUAGUAUGAACCUUGAUGAGCUUCUAAAAAAUGUGUGGAGUGCUGAGGCGAACCAUUCCACUGGUGUGGACAUUGAGGGUACUGCUCCAACUAGUAAAGCUGCACAUCAGCAUCAGGCUAGUUUGUCAUUAACUGGUGCUCUAAGCAGGAAGACUGUUGAUGAGGUAUGGAGAGAUAUACAACGAAGCAAAGAUAACAAAGAUAAGAAGUCUCAAGAGAGACAGCCUACACUCGGAGAGAUGACGUUGGAGGAUUUCUUGGUAAAAGCAGGGAUUGUUGCUGAAGCAUCUUCUAAUAGAAAGAAUGACGGUCUUACACUUGGUGUUGAUUCAAAUGUAGCAGCACCACAGUUUCCUCAGCAUGGUCCUUGGAUACAGUAUCCACAAACACAAUAUCAGCAUCCACAACAGGGUUUAAUGGGGAUUUAUAUGCCUAGCCAGAAUACAGUGCAGCCAUUACACAUGGGAGCUGGUGCUGCAUCAGAUGUUCCAUAUGCAGAUAGUCAGGUAGCAUUGUCUUCACCUGUUAUGUUAAACUUGUCAGAUUCUAGGAGACAUGGGAGAAAACGGGGCACAUCAGAGGAUAUGGUAGAGAGGACUGUUGAGAGGAGGCAGAAGAGGAUGAUCAAGAAUCGCGAAUCUGCUGCCCGUUCUAGAGCAAGGAAACAGGCUUACACAACUGAGUUAGAGCACAAAGUCUCACGUUUGGAAGAAGAAAAUGAAAAGUUGAGGAGACAGAAGGAGCUAGAGAAAAUGUUAUCCAGUGUCCCACCUCCUGAACCUAGAUACCAGAUUCGGCGAACGACAUCGGCCUCGUUCUGACAUCUGUACAAUGCAGGGUUGUAGAUAUGAGUAUCAAGGGAUGCUUCUUUUAGUGUAAUGUGAGUUGACAACUACCUUGUCUCUCAGGAGUAGUAGCUAUUUGAUGCAUUUGCAUCCAACGGCUUUUGUUUUUUUUCCCCCCUUUUUCUUCUUGUUAGUAGGAUUGUCUAAUUAUAACGCCUCAGUGAAAUCCUUGUAGUAAAAAUUUCCUGGGGAAUAUUGUAGUUUUACCAUUCAUUAUAUAGCUUUUCUAAUCAUUUGUUGAGUUUAUUAUGAAACCUUGAUAGUGGCUUGAAUCUAGGGGAUGCCAUGGUUGUUGGGUCUAGAAAUUUUUGAAGUUACUGGGAAAAAGGGUUGCUCUUAAAGGGAUAUGCACAUGAACAUCAGUCAUUAUUAAACCAUAAAAAUUUUAAGC